UGCGUCUCAGCCAAGACCAACAGGGGACACUUGGAAAUUUGCGCCCAGGAGGACAGUUCGCCAGUACGCAUCGAGAUGAAAGGGUUUACAGUGAACAAUGUCUGCCAGUGUGGCUUAUUUACGUACCUCUUCUUGUUUUCGUUCGUCUCUUUCACUACUGCAGUUAGUUUCGACCUGACUGAGCUAAGGAAUAAAGUUGCAAAAAUCAAAGUGAAUCCAAGAGGCAAUCUUUGGGCGACAGGACAUUUCAUGGGUAAGAAGAGCGUGAUGGAUGCCCCCCUCCUGCCCUCAGCUGAGGAGCAGGGUAUUGAUGCUCUGGAAGUCGCCCUUCCUGCGCGGCAGAGCGCGCUCGGAGAGCUUUUCCAAGAGUUUCUGCGGGUGGCGUUGCAAGCUCAGGUGGAUACGCAAGAGAGCCGCUCGAAAAAUCAGGAGGGGGACCUGUUGAUGAAGAUUUUAGAAAACUACAUCCAGAGCAGAAAGUGAAGAAGGCUAUGAAAAAUGUGGCGCGCAUGAACACGGAUCCGAGGUCACCUGGCCUCGUGGGUUAAAAUAAAUGAAUCAGAAACAGUCUACAGUCUCCUGCUCAUCAUGAUUGUAAUUCGGGCUGCUGUAAAUGCCACUCAGCCUACAACUCAUGUUCCAUGUGCAAUACAGCAUUUACCAAUUUAUUUUGAUGAAUAUAUAUAUAUUAAACUGUCUUGUCGUUAAUUUAGUUGUUUAUAUGAAAUAAAAUACUUAUUUGCAAUA